AAACUCAUCUGACAUAUCUGAUACGGGAUAAGUGGGGGACUUUUCUUCCAGGCAGGGGAUUUACUCUGGGAUUGGCAUAGUAAGGGCGAAUUUGCAGCAGUUUCCUAUGCCAGCAUGUCCCUCAAAGUCAGCUAUUAUGUACUGUGCAGCUCUCAAGAGAUGUGGUGCUUUUCUGGCUCCUUUCCUCUGGAUAAAAAAAAGAACACAGUACUAAAGAGUACAUGAAGGAUGAUUAGGAAUGUGCAGUUCUAUGCAGAGAUCUCCCCUAGGUCCUGGGAAGAGGGUGGGUGAGUGCAGCCUCAUGGCUGGGGUGGCCCAGUGCUUUCCUGCAGCAGAUAGUCUGGUGACAUCUCUCAUGGAUGUCACUCUGGACAGUCCUGCACCUGCCGCUUCCUUGCACAAGGCGUCAGCCAGCCAGCCCAGCACUUCAUACAACAGCACAGCCCUGCCUGUGCACCACAUCCUUUCCUAAGGCCUCACAGCACAUGACUUGAAUUCUUUAAGUCCCAUUUCUGACUCUCUGGUGGUCAGGAUGUGACCUUUCUUCCUAUGGUACAGCAAUACAGACCUUUAAGGCAAUGACCAUCACCUAAUUUUAGACAGCUUAAAGCUGCAGUUAAUUUCCAGAUUAUAGUUUGCCAUGCCUUUGCACUCUGGGUUACUCUAACAGCAUGCCUUUUUGUUAACCUUGUUAUUUGACUAACUAUCUGUGAGGUCAAACUACCCUGCCCUAUCUGAUACAGUGACAUGGAAACUACUAUGCUUACAUUGACAGCUUUCACAAAUGUGGAGCUGUGUUCCUUUGUCAUUAACCCAGGGCUGAGCUCCCUGAGCUAGAAGAGCUAUAAAGGCUUAGGAGUGACACAGUAUCCUUAACUGACCUUAGCAUGUACUUGAUACACAGCAGAAUGUCUAGUCAGAUCACAGAACACCAGGCAAAUCCAGAACCCAGUGUCAAAUACUUCUUGUCUCCCUAGACAUUAUUCCCAAGAGUCUUGAACACUGAGCAAAUAAGAACACCUUUUUUAUUUUUUAGACUUUUUAGAGCUGCCUGUUCCUAUGGAUCUGUGACAUUAAAUGUAUGUUUCUUCCUACUGUGAGUUAUUAAAGUGUGAAAUGGAUUGCAGAUGGGUUUAUAAUGUUGGAGGAAGACUUUUCCUUCAAUGUUUCUUCCCUGGGAGUUUUUUUUUCCUAGGAGGAACUGAGCUACUAAUAUGAACAGAAUGUGAGGCAAACCUCGUUCUCCUCUGAAACUGCAUAUGUCUGUUUUCUGUUUUUGCAAAUAAAGAGCUCACUAAAAGCCAUCAUAUUAGUGUUUAAAGUAUGGGAAAUCAACCCAUGCAACCCAUGCAAUAUCUCAGAGGAAACAUGGCUUUUGGCAAUUAGCACAGUGGCUGUUUGUGCAUGACCAUGGACUGCUUGAGCACAUCUCAUCAAGGACUUGCUGCUGCCCUUCCUUCCUGAGCCAGCCCUGGCCUUUGCCUGGCUCCUGCUGUUGUUUCUGUGGGACAGCACUGGAUCCCUGAGAGUCCCUGGGCCCCAGGCACUUUCCAUCUGCCUGCUUUCCACAAAAGUCCUCUGCCCCUUCCUAAAGUGGGGAGGAGAGGAGCAAGGUUAGAAACAAAAAUACACUGCUUGAUGGAGCAGGGAGCUCACAGAGUCAGGAGUGGUAGUGUUCGAGCCCCUGGGAUGUGCAGUCCCUGAGAAGCAUCGUUCCCCAGUGAGCCCUUGUUGUGGGAACAGUGCUGCCUGCUGCUAACACUGGCCCUCUGUGGGAACAUUCACGGGUAUUUCUGUCUCUUCUUUGCAGGGAUGACAAGGUAUGUAUGAAAACUGUGCUCUCAGACACUUGCCAUCUUUCUGUUCUAUUUUUUGUACUGUGCCAGUGGAUGGAGGAUCUAGACCAGGGUCAGGACUCACCAAAGGCUGUUUCUGCUUUGACUCCUCCAGGACAGGGCUACUUGUUGAGUAGCUGGCAACAUGAGGAUAAGGUGUAUCUGUGUGCAGAGAAGGGCAGCAGUGCACCUCUGCAGGUUUUGCCAUCUGGAGUGGUAAAGCCAUGAGCUGUUGGGGUUUUUUUUUUUUAGUUUUUUCACUAGCUAGUUACAAUCUUUUUUCCACUGUUGAGCAAUGCUCUCUUUCUUCUCAAACCUGAUGUAUCUUUUCUGGACAAAUAAGGUAUAUUUCUUUGCCAGGAAAAUGUGAUGCAUCUCUCUGCUGAUAAAUAUGGUAUAGCUCUUCAUCAGAGGCUCCUUAAAUGCAUAAUAAAAUGACCCAGUGUACACACAUGGGUCACCUGAACCAAUUACCUCUCUGCAUACUGAUUUAUCACUCGAGGGCUUUUUAUGGUGCUUGCUUAGAAGGAGACAGAUGGAGCGUGAUAAACUCAUAAACCCUGUCAGGCUGACGCUUUAGUACAGGAUGUGUUGCUGCUGGGUUUUUUAAUGUCAUUUGAGUCAUUUAGGCUUAUUGAUAUUUCCUUUACAUUAACUUUUCUGCCUGUCAUCAAUCCAGUUGGCUGAUACAAUGGCAUGUGUGACUAGGUAGGCACAUUAUUAGAACUUGAAAACAUAUAUUUUUGUCCAUAAAUUUUGUCCAGAAAUUGUCUUUCCUUGAAGCCUCUGUGAAUGACUAACCGGAACUGGGCCUUCAUGCUGUCAUUUCUCUCUUCCCAGCUGGUAUAAAGAGGUUGGGUUGUGUGGUUAUUACAGGAUUUUUAUUAACUUGACUCUUCCAGAUAUUGUGGGACUAUUUUUACAUUUAGAUUAGCUGAAAUGUACUCUCGUGUUAGCUUUCAGCUAACUGGACUACUGUUAGGUGGUGGAGACACAUGUACACACCGAGGCAGCUGGGAGUGGAGGAGGUUUUAGGGGCUGUACCAAAAUACCAGCCUAGAAAGCAGCGAAGGACAGAGCCUCUGUAGCUCACAUUUGUUUUCCACUCUGCCUUGCUUCCAGGGAGAUCUGCUCUGUCACCUCAGUUUGUGUGAAUUCAGACCAAAGAAACCCUGUGUAAAUGGCCGAGAGCUUCCUCAGUUCCCAAUUUAGCUGCAAGCAUGUCGUGUUCUCUCCAACUCCCCCGCAGUGCCGGGGACCCUGUCACAAGGACAGAGUCCACAAGCCUGAACUUUAUAUUAGCCUUUUUCUCUCUGCAGAGAAUGUGAGGGAAGAGGCUGAUCCAUCCUGAAUGGUGGUUUUAAAAGCUUUUGCACCCUCUGAUUCAAUUUGUUUGCCCAAAUUACUUAUUAGAAAGAAGCCCAAGCAUAAUACCAUGGCUCUUUUCCCUACAUGCUUGAAUUUGAGCUGAAGCCUUUACAAAGCAUGAUACAAUUUUUUGGCUGUAUGUAGCCAUGGUGCAGCUCUGAUUUUUGACCUUGUAUAAGCUGCUUAACCAUGGAACGUCUGGGGUGAGACCCCCUCUCUCAAAGACAGUACCUUCCUGGGAGCGUGCAGCGUGUUUCACUUUGGAACAGGAAGGGUGAGCAGCUCACAGCGUGCCCUUUCUCUCCCUUGCCUGUCGUGCAGAGAGAUUAUGGAGCUACCUUAAAUAAGCUCCAGCUAGGACUCUUAUCUUGGCCUUUGCAAACUAGCAGAAAGUUGAAGUGAUGACAGCAGAUAAGGGUGUUCGCUUUUGAAGCUUAUUGGCUGGUUCUCUGAACUUUUUUUUCCCCUGGGAGCCAGUCAUUCAGAGGUUCAGCUGGCACAGCCCGAUCGUUCUGCCCCGCGGAGCCCACGGAGCAGACACGAGGGGCUGGGGUCUGGAAGGGCAGAUCUUGUGUCACCAGCUGUCUCAGCUGUGUCACCUGCCCGGGGAUGAGACCUGCGUGAUCCCGUCAGCUGAGAGAAACGCGGGCUCGUGUUUUCCUUGACCUUUCUUCACCUUGGAGAAGUGCAGAAUGGAUCGUGAGAAAUUGUGUCCAUCGAGUUUGCUGCCACCUGGGCUCAACCCAGCUGAACCAAUUUUGGAGGAUACCCUUGCUGCGAUCGUCUGGACGUGCUCCUAGGAGGAGAAGAAACUAAAGGAAUUUGGCAUCGUUGCUGUAGUUUGAGGAAAAACAUUCCUUCUGACUUUGGAGAGAGCUACAAGGAGGAUCUGUGUGAUGUCCUGAUCUUCCUUCAUUUCCUGCUGAGCAUGGGGUAACAGUGUGUGACCAUGGUGGUCACCCAGUUACAGCUGGAACUGUGCUUCCACGGCAAGAAGCUGAGAGGUUUCACCUGCAAGUUGACCAGGUCAGCCAGUGGAUUUCUCCCAGAGACUUCAUUCUCCAUUGCCUCCCAGAUUUUUGUGCCGUUCCUUCUGGCUGGCUUGGGAAUGGUAGCUGCUGGCCUCUUGAUGGAUGUUGUUCAACACUGGGAUGUGUUUCGGACAAUUACAGAAGUGUUUAUCCUGGUUCCUGCCUUGGUUGGCCUGAAGGGUAAUCUGGAGAUGACACUGGCAUCCAGGCUCUCCACUGCUGCUAACACUGGACAGAUGGAUGAUGCCCAGAAGCAAUGGAAAAUGGCCACCUGCAAUUUAGCCCUUAUCCAGGUCCAGGCCACUGUGGUGGGACUUCUGGCUGCUGUUGCUGCUGUGUUCCUGGGAGCCAUCUCCAAGGGCUCUGUGGAGCUGAGCCAGGCUGCUGUGCUGUGUGCCAGCAGCGUGACCACGGCCUUCAUAGCUGCACUUUCCCUUGGUCUGGUGAUGAUUGGUGUGAUCAUCGGAGCAAGGAAAGUUGGGAUCAAUCCAGACAAUGUCGCCACACCCAUAGCAGCGAGCCUUGGAGAUUUGAUAACCCUCUCCCUCCUUGCAGGAAUCAGCAGUACACUCUUCAAAUACAUAGAUGUGAAGUACCUUUCUCCUCUGAUCUGUGCUGUCUUCAUUGUCAUGAUCCCUCUCUGGGUUGCUAUUGCCAAGCAAAGUCCUUCCCUGGCCGAAGUCCUGAAGUCUGGGUGGCAGCCGGUUAUUGUUGCCAUGAGCAUCAGCAGCAUUGGAGGGCUCAUCCUGGACAAAACUGUGACUGACCCAAACUUUGAAGGCAUGGCAGUUUUCACACCUGUGAUAAAUGGUGUUGGGGGGAAUCUGGUUGCCAUCCAAGCCAGCCGAAUUUCUACAUUCCUGCACUUCUGGAGCAUGCCUGGAGUUUUGCCCUACAAGAUGAGGCAGAACUGGCCCAACCCAUGCACUACAUUCUUCUCAUCAGGGGUGAAUUCCAAGUCAGCCCGGGUCCUGUUCCUCCUGGUUAUCCCAGGGCACCUUGUGUUCCUCUACACCAUCCAUCUGCUGCAGGGAGGCCACACAUCCCUGUCCUUCACCUUUGUGAUGUUCUAUCUGGCUGCUGCUUUGCUGCAGGUAAGCCCCAAACUCUCAUCCAAAAGGAACCUGUCAGAUAAGAUAAAACCAGUAUUCUCCAGGUUAAAAAGGAGCCACAGUAAACCAUUCAGCAGCAGCCUCUCAUUUCAGCUCUCGUUUCAGCUGUGCUUCUACCAAGAAUCAUGUACAUUCUGUAGGUCCAGUAAUACUUCACCCAAAUUGCCAGGCUCUAGUCUCCCACAUGAGCACAGCUGUGCUUUAGGGUGAGUGAGGGAUCAGGCA